CGACGUGCAUCAUGGUGCGCAGUUUGUCUCAGUGGACGAAAACGUUGAGUUUUCCGGCCCGCAUAUCGCCCAACCGGAACUCGAAGGAUUGCAACGUGAACGUGCUGCCGAUAACGCCUCCACCGGCCCCACCGCGUAACAAGUCAACCUCCACAUCCUCGUCCAGCACAAUGUCCUCGACAUCUUCACCGUCCUCAUCGUCCUCUUCACCGACGCCACCACCAAAUGUGCCGAUUACGGAAAUUAGUCAAAUUAUCUAUCCCGAUCCCGAGUCUGAGAAGGCCAUCAUGGGCUCAUUGGUAUUCUGCAUUCAUCACAAGCAAGGCUGCAAAUGGUCUGACGAGCUGAGGAAAUUGAAGGCACAUCUGAAUACCUGCAAGCACGACGCGAUCCAGUGCCCGAACAAGUGCGGUUCGCAAAUACCGCGCGUUAUGAUGACGGACCAUCUGGCCUUUACCUGCAUUCUGCGUCGUGCCAUCUGCGAGUUCUGCAACGUGGAGUUUACCGGCAUUGGGUUGGAGGAGCAUGCCGGCACCUGCAGCUCGGAGCCGAUCUACUGCGAGUCCAAGUGUGGCACACGCGUACUGCGCGGCCGCAUGUCCAUCCAUCGUGCCAAAGACUGUGCCAAACGGCUCCGCCGCUGUCCGCACUGUGGCCGUGAGUUUAGUGCCGACACGCUGGCCGCACACGGAGCGACCUGUCCGCGCAGUCCCAUCCCAUGCCCGCAGCGAUGCGAUGCGGGACCAUUUGCUCGUGCCGAUUUGGAUGCGCAUCUGCGCGACGAAUGCAAAGCGCUGACGGUGCCAUGUACGUUCAAGGAGGCUGGCUGCCGGUUCAAGGGUCCGCGCCAUCUACUGGAAGCCCAUCUGGAAGCGAAUACAUCCGCGCAUCUGUCCCUGAUGGUAGCACUGUCCGGACGGCAGGGACAGCAGAUCAAUAUGCUGAAAAGCGCCAUGGCCAAGUUGAGCACCAACUACACCGGCACGCUGCUGUGGAAGAUCACCGACUGGUCGGUGAAGAUGCAGGAAGCAAAGACGAAGGACGGUUUGGAGCUUGUGUCGCCACCGUUUUACACCAGCCAGUACGGUUACAAGCUUCAGGCGUCGAUGUUUUUGAACGGCAAUGGCCCCGGUGAAGGAACGCACGUGUCCGUCUACAUUAAGGUGCUGCCGGGAGAGUACGAUGCGCUGCUAAAGUGGCCCUUCUCCCAUUCGGUUACCUUCACGCUGUUCGAGCAGGGCACGCUUGGUAGUGGUGGCGGUGGCCAGGGAGGUGUCGCAGAAUCGUUCGUACCCGAUCCGACGUGGGAAAACUUUCAGCGGCCAUCAACCGAACCGGAUGCGCUUGGAUUUGGCUUUCCGCGGUUUGUAUCCCACGAACUGCUCAACAGGCGUCCCUUCGUGCGGGAUGAUACGGUGUUUCUGCGCGUAAAGGUUGACCCCAGCAAGAUUGUGGCCGUGUAA